AAACAAUAUUGUUAACAUACAACUACAAAAAAGCAAACCGAUCAACCCUUUUUCUUUGAACUGAUUCCUUCUUGGUAGCCUAUAGACACACACAUACUAGUCUUUGAUCAUGGAAUUCAGAUCCAAGUCAUGCAGAGAUGAAAGGCUGCAGAUUGAAAGCUACUGUGGAGGCAAGGUGGCCCCAACAAGCAUGCAAGAUCUGAGGUGUUACAGUGCUAAUAAUGCUGCUUCUUCUGCUUAUGCACACCAGAUAGGUAGUAAGGAGGUGAAGGUGAAGAAAGGGAAAACCUCAGCUGCUAAACCAUCAAAAAGUUGGAGCUUCACUGACCCUGAGUUGCAGAGGAAGAAGAGAGUUGCUGGCUAUAAAAUAUAUGCUGCUGAGGGCAAGAUGAAAGGCUCUCUAAGAAAGAGUUUCAGGUGGAUCAAGAAUACAUACACUCAAGCUCUCUAUGGAUGGUGGUGAAUCAUAUCUUAUUCUCUUUUUCUAUAAUGAGAGUUACUUAUUUGUUUGUUUCUCAGUAAAUGUUUAAAUUAAAUCCUCCAUCAGCCAUAGUAGUCUAGUCUUGUUUGACUAGAGCAAGAUUGUCUCCAUGGAAUCUCUUAUAAAAAAUCCCUAAUCCUUUCUGAAGUUCGUUUCCUUUUUGUAUGAGAUUCCAUGGCUUAUGGGUGUGUAGUUUGGUUACUACUGCAGAGUUUCUUGAUCAGUUUAUUUGUAUUUUUAUUUUAAAUUUUAACUAUAAAUGUCAAAAAGAAAAUAAAUGAAUGCGUUAUGGGAGAAUCGCUCUGUUUCUGUUC